UAAAUUCCACGACGGGGACGAUCGCAUCGUGUCCUCCUUCCGGCUUCCGCGCCCCCCCUUCGCACCACCGCAGCGCGAUUGACUUUCUGCACCAGGCAGCCAUGGCGAGACCUCUGCUGCCGCCGCGCGGGCCGCUGCUCCGGCGGAUCCUCCUCGCUAGCGCACUCGCCGCCUCGUGCUCCUACUACCUCCUCGUCCUCCAGGCGCAGGCCUCCGUGCCGCCGCGCUACGACGGCUUCGCCUACAGGGCAGCCGCCUGGAAGGAUUCCGUCCUCGUCGAGGCCUUCCUCGACCCGCUCUGCCCCGACAGCCGCGAUGCGUGGCACCCGCUCAGGCUCGCCGUCGAGCGGUACUCCCCGCGGGUCUCGCUCAUCGUCCACCCCUUCCCGCUACCCUACCACACCUAUUCCUUCCAUGCCUGCCGUGCACUUCAUAUAGCUAACAAGUUGAACUCGUCAUCAACCUAUCCGUUGUUGGAGCUAUUCUUCAAGAACCAGGGAAAAUUCUCAAACCACGCGUUAUCAUCACUGUCAAGCACUGCGAUAACUGGCGAGAUAUCGAAGAUGGCAGUCCAGGCAGUUGGUAAUUCAGUCUCGGAGUUCCAGUCAGGCUUCAGUGAUGCGAGGACUGACUCGGCAGCGAGGGUUUCCUUCAAGUAUGGAUGCACAAGAGGAGUAGCUGGUGCGCCAUUCUUCUUCGUGAAUGGCUUCCUUCAGCCUGGAGGCGGAUCGCCCAUUGACUACACCACAUGGACCAACAUCCUGGACCCUAUCGUCGCGCAACACGGUGAAAAGACCGACAUGUUCACUUCUAUGUAAGUACUUCAAGUCUAUUACGAAGGAAUGAAGGAUGUCAAUGGUUGGCUAUUGUACAGAGUGCCAACGUGUGUAAGCUCAGCACUGAUAAAUACUGUUUCAUCUUGUAUGUGCCUCUCUUGCCUUUUUAUUUUAUGAAAACCCGGCAUUCAGACUGAGACAGUUUACUUGUAUAGCUUGUGGUUUUGUAAUUCAUCAGAUUGUUGGGGUUUUAAGUGAUUCAUUGUGACUGCAAA